UCGUGUUUCGCUGAAAGUUUUCGUUAUUUCAUUAUGUAUCUCUUACUUUCGAUAAUUUUCUUAGCAAUUACUCAAAGUCUGUCUUUUGCAGCCGAACCCAGAUGCUCUCGGUUCCAUUAUGAAGAACAACUUCUCGAGAAAAUGAUAAGAAUGGAAGUGAAAGUUGAAGAGGUUGAAAAACGUAUAUCUAAAACAAACCAAAAUGUGAUCAAUGUGCUUGAGGAGUUAAAAAUAGAAAGGACGAAAAUGAAAAACGAUAACGUCGAACUGCAAACGAAUUAUGCUAAGGAAAUGGAAGAGCGAAUGAACGAUGUUACUGAUUUAAAAGCUUUGGUUCUCACCGACACGAUAGCAUUCAAAGCAGGCGAACCCACGGACCUAAGCCUUGAAACAGGACAGAUCAUUGUCUUCGCGAGCAAUAUGUUAAAUAAAGGUGGAGCAUACAACAAUAAAACGGGAAUAUUUACAGUACCAGUGAGCGGAACUUAUAUAUUUAUGAUUCAUCUUUGUACAAGAAAUGGUAUAAACAUGUAUUAUGGUAUAAUGGUUGACGACACAGUGUACACAUCUGGGAGAUUUUACGACACUAAUGCAUAUUCGUGUUACACUGCUGACGCUCUAGUUGUUCUAAGCGGCGGCGAACAGAUUUACGUCAAAUGCCUAUCUGGAUCAUCAUCACCUGACGUACUGCAUGAGUACUCCUCGUCAUCAUAUAACUAUUGGAGCACGUUCUCUGGCUUGCUGGUUCACAGAUAGAUUUAAACCUUUUUAUAGUUCUAAAUAAAUAUAUAAACUACUAGAUGAACCAGACUUUAUUCAAAUAUUCUUAUUUGCGAAUUAUUACUUAAGACUGUAUUGUAGUAUUUAAGUUUAAUUAUUUCGUGACGAUAAAUUCGUCGUUAUAGUUUUGCUUUGUUUUGUUUAUAUUUUACGAAACACCGACACAGAUUUCGUUAAAGUUAUAAAUUGAUAUACAAAAAUUUUCUUUCAACAUAGGGAGACUUCCUAUCUUGACAAGUGUUUUCAUGUUCAUACGCCCUUAAGGGAUUGCUUAAAAGUAAAAGGAUUACAACUAAGUUUCUGUGUGGACACAAUGACAAGAUAAGAUACUUUGUUGGAAAUAUUACUGAACUUAAUAUUACUGAACUUAAAAUACACAAACUGACAGUUGUUAUUUUUUUUCCCGCCUAUAUGACUGAAAUACUGUUGGAAAAAGGCGUAAAAUGAAACAAACAAAGAAACAAAAUAUGUGUUUUACAAAAUGCGAGGUGUUGUUGCUGUUCUCCUUCGUCAUAAUUAUUAUUUCAUUAUUAGAUUCACAAAUCGUAUAUUAUGUUUAAAACUUUUCUAUGCUUUUCUAAGGUUUUCAGGAAUGAUUCUAUAAGAUUUCGGAGAAAUUUCAUAUAUGUUAAUAUAGAAAAGAAUUGGCAUGAUAUACAUUAUAUUUUAUCUUUUAUACAUUUGUUAGCAUUUUCAUAAGAUAACUUUUAUCUUGAUUAAAAACAGUACAUAAUUACAUUUUUAAUUAAUAACAUUAAUAAUAAAUUAUACAUCUGAAAUAGUAUAUGAAAUACUUUAUAUUGUAGAUGCCUAGUUUUGACAAUUAUCAGUUGUUCUGGUUGAUUUUAGCUAUUCGCUUGAAAAAAAAAAAGAUUUGUAUUCAAAUGCUUAUUUGAUUUUGAAUGACUUUUAUUAUUUCAAAUGGAAAUAUUGUUUAAUGUGAAAGUAAAAU